CUCAGGAGCGCCGCCGAUCGGUACCGACACCUCUCCAGCGAGCUAAAGCCAAGAUGGAGGGUCCGUGCUCAGCGAGUACAGGAACGAAUCCCCGCACUCCAGUCUUCGCUUUCCAAUGAAGAGGAUUUAUUCCCGAUCAGUCACUUGAUCUAGGAAAAUCGACACUGAUCCGUUUGUUUGGGGAGCUUUGUUGAGGGAGAAUCAUUGAUCCGAGGAUGAGUUCAGGGGAGGGAGAGGACACAUCUAAGGAGGCGGCCGACAUAGCGGCGUUUUUUAAAUCCGAAUGUUCUCUUCCAAAAUGUGAACCCAAGCUUGAGUUACCUAGUCACACAGGGUUCCACAGAAAUGAAGACAUGAAGGCCAUUGAAGUUCUUCCCAUACUUAAAGAGAAGGUGGCAUUCUUAUCAGGUGGAAGAGAUCGGCGUGGAGGGCCAGUCCUUACAUUUCCAGCCAGGAGUAACCAUGACAGAAUACGACAGGAGGACCUCAGACGACUUAUUGCGUACCUCGCAGGCAUUCCCAGUGAGGAGGUGAGCAGACAUGGUUUUACGGUCAUCGUGGAUAUGCGAGGAUCCAAAUGGGACUCUAUCAAACCUCUUCUGAAGAUCCUACAGGAAUCGUUUCCUUCCUGCAUCCACGUCGCUCUCAUCAUCAAGCCUGACAACUUCUGGCAGAAACAGAGGACGAAUUUCGGCAGUUCCAAGUUUGAAUUUGAGACCAUCAUGGUGUCCCUUGAGGGUUUGACCAAAGUAGUUGAUCCUUCUCAGCUGACUCCAGACUUUGAGGGCAGUCUGGAUUAUGACCACGAGGAGUGGAUCGAAGUUCGAGUGGCCUUUGAAGACUUCACGAGCAAUGCCGCUCGCAUCCUUUCCCGUUUGGAAGAACUCCAAGACUUGGUGUCCCAGCGGGAGCUCCCGUCAGACCUGGAUGGGUCUCGGCGGGCUAUGGAGGAACACGCCUCCCUAAAGAAAAAGGUCACUAAAGCUCCUGUUGAGGAGUUAGAUACUGAGGGUCAACGCCUCCUUCAGCGAAUCCAGUGUGGGGAUAAAGGCAGAGGAGAUAUCCAGGGAUUAGCUCCAAAAGUCCAGGCGCUUCUGGAUAAACUUCACGCCACACGCCAACAUCUGCACCAAUCCUGGCACAUGCGCAAAGUCAAACUGGAUCAAUGCUUCCAGCUAAGACUCUUUCAGCAGGAUGCAGAGAAGAUGUUCGAUUGGAUCGUCCAUAAUAAAGGCCUGUUCCUGACAACUUACACAGAGAUAGGAGCCAAUCAUCAGCAUGUGCUCGAGCUGCAGACCCAGCACAACCACUUUGCAAUGAACUGCAUGAAUGUGUAUGUGAACAUCAGUCGGAUCAUGUCCGUGGGGAACAGGCUGCUGGAGUCAGGUCACUAUGCAACCCAGCAGAUACAGCAGAUCUCAGGUCAGCUGGAACAGGAGUGGAAAGCAUUUGCCGCCGCACUGGAUGAGAGGAGCACGCUGCUCGAAAUGUCUGCUAACUUCCACCAGAAAACCGACCAGUAUAUGAGCAACAUGGACUCAUGGUGUAAGGCCUGUGGAGAGGGAGAACUUCCUUCUGAGCUACAGGACCUAGAAGACACCAUCCACCACCACCAGGGUCUCUAUGAACACAUAACCGCUGCCUAUUCUGAGGUAAGCCAGGAUGGCAAAGCCCUACUAGAUAAGCUACAGCGGCCUUUGACCCCAGGGAGUGCAGAUUCACUGACAGCCUCAGCUAACUACUCCAAGGCGGUGCACCAUGUACUAGAUAUCAUUCAUGAGGUUCUGCAUCACCAGAGGCAGCUGGAGAACAUCUGGCAACACCGCAAACUUCGUCUUCACCAACGGCUACAGCUCUGUGUCUUCCAACAGGAUGUCCAGCAGGUUUUAGACUGGAUUGAAAACCACGGUGAGGCGUUCCUGAGUAAGCACACAGGAGUAGGGAAGUCUCUGCACAGGGCUCGAGCAUUACAGAAACGUCAUGAGGACUUUGAAGAAGUGGCUCAGAACACCUACACGAAUGCAGACAAACUCCUGGAGGCGGCAGAGCAGCUGGCUCAGACAGGCGAGUGUGAUCCUGAGGAGAUCUACCAGGCCGCACACCAGCUGGAAGAUCGUAUCCAGGACUUCGUAAGACGCGUUGAACAACGCAAAGUCCUGCUCGACAUGUCUGUAGCCUUUCACACUCAUAGCAAAGAGCUGUGGACGUGGUUGGAGGAGCUUCAGAAGGAGCUGCUGGAUGAUGUUUAUGCUGAGUCAGUAGAGGCGGUGCAGGAGCUGAUCAAACGUUUCGGUCAGCAGCAGCAAACCACGCUGCAGGUCACCGUCAACGUCAUUAAAGAAGGGGAGGAUCUCAUCCAGCAGCUCAGAGACUCUGCAAUCUCCAGCAAUAAGACUCCUCAUAACAGCUCUAUGGCUCACAUUGAGAGUGUCCUGCAGCAGCUGGAUGAGGCCCAGGCUCAGAUGGAGGAACUGUUUCAGGAGCGGAAGAUCAAACUAGAGCUCUUUCUCCAGCUCAGGAUCUUUGAACGAGAUGCCAUCGAUGUCAUCUCAGACCUGGAGUCAUGGAAUGAGGAGCUGUCUCAGCAGAUGAAUGAGUUUGACACUGAGGAUCUGACACUAGCUGAGCAGAGACUGCAGCAUCACGCCGAUAAAGCUCUCACCAUGAACAACCUCACCUUCCACGUCAUACACCAGGGUCAGGAACUCCUGCAAUACGUCACAGAAGUUCAGGCCUCAGGUGUGGAGUUGUUGUGCGACCGUGAUGUUGACAUGGCAACACGGGUGCAGGACCUGUUGGAUUUCCUGCAUGAGAAACAGCAGGAGCUGGACGCAGCUGCAGAGCAGCACAGGAGACACCUGGAGCAGUGCGUGCAGCUCAGACACUUACAGGCCGAGGUCAAACAGGUGCUGGGUUGGAUCCGUAAUGGGGAAUCAAUGCUUAAUGCAGGUCUCAUCACAGCCAGCUCUCUACAGGAGGCAGAACAGUUACAGCGGGAACAUGAGCAAUUUCAGCAUGCUAUUGAGAAAACCCAUCAGAGUGCAUUGCAGGUGCAGCAGAAAGCAGAGGCUCUUUUACAGGCCAAUCACUACGACAUGGACAUGAUCCGUGACUGCGCAGAGAAGGUGGCGUCUCACUGGCAGCAGCUCAUGCUGAAGAUGGAAGACCGCCUCAAACUGGUCAAUGCCUCAGUGGCUUUCUACAAGACAUCAGAGCAGGUGUGUAGUGUGCUGGAAAGUUUAGAACAGGAAUACAAACGAGAGGAAGACUGGUGUGGAGGUACUGAUAAAUUGGGACCAAACUCAGAGUCUGAUCAUGUGACACCCAUGAUCAGUAAACACCUAGAGCAGAAAGAGGCCUUCCUCAAGGCAUGCACACUAGCAAGACGCAACGCUGAUGUCUUCCUCAAGUAUUUACACAGAAACAGUGUGAAUAUGCCGGGAAUGCUCGCACAUGUCAAAGCCCCUGAACAACAAGUCAAGAACAUCCUGAACGAGUUGCUGCAGCGGGAGAACCGGGUUCUGCACUUCUGGACCAUGAGGAAGAGAAGGCUUGACCAGUGUCAGCAGUAUGUGGUGUUUGAACGUAGUGCCAAACAGGCUUUGGAAUGGAUCCAUGAUACAGGAGAGUUUUACUUAUCCACACACACCUCCACAGGCUCCACUAUACACCACACACAGGAACUGCUAAAAGAACAUGAGGAAUUCCAGAUUACAGCCAAGCAAACCAAAGAGCGGGUAAAGUUGUUGAUCCAGCUGGCUGAUGGUUUUUGUGAGAAGGGCCACGCCCAUGCAAGCGAGAUUCAGAAAUGGGUCGCCUCAGUGGACAAACGUUACCGUGACUUUUCCCUCCGCAUGGACAAGUACCGUUCCUGCCUGGAGAAAGCGCUCGGCCUGUCCACUGACUCCAACAAAGCGAGUAAAGAUCUGCAGUUGGACAUCAUUCCAGCCAGUGCUCCUGGUGCAGAGGUCAAACUCAGAGAUGCCAACCAUGAACUCAAUGAGGAGAAACGCAAAUCAGCCCGCAGAAAAGAGUUUAUUAUGGCGGAGCUCAUUCAGACCGAGAAGGCAUAUGUGAGAGACCUGCGGGAGUGUAUGGAUACAUAUCUGUGGGAAAUGACCAGCGGUGUGGAGGAGAUUCCCCCGGGGAUUGUCAACAAAGAGCACAUAAUAUUUGGCAACAUGCAAGACCUAUACGAGUUCCAUCACAAUAUUUUCCUCAAAGAACUGGAAAAAUAUGAACAGCUUCCAGAGGAUGUGGGUCACUGUUUUGUCACGUGGGCGGAUAAGUUUCAGAUGUAUGUGAAUUACUGUAAGAACAAGCCUGACUCCACUCAGCUGAUUCUGGAACAUGCAGGGACCUAUUUUGAUGAAAUCCAGCAAAGACACAGGUUGGCUAAUUCCAUCUCAUCAUACCUUAUUAAACCGGUUCAAAGGAUCACCAAGUAUCAGCUGCUGCUGAAGGAGCUGUUGACAUGUUGUGAGGAGGGUAAAGGAGAAAUUAAAGAUGGCCUGGAGGUCAUGCUUAGUGUGCCCAAAAGAGCUAAUGAUGCUAUGCACCUCAGCAUGCUGGAGGGUUUUGAUGAGAACAUUGAGUCUCAGGGUGAGUUGAUUCUGCAGGAGUCAUUCCAGGUUUGGGAUCCAAAGACUCUGAUUCGUAAGGGCAGAGAGCGGCACCUCUUCCUCUUUGAGAUGUCUCUCAUCUUUAGCAAAGACGUCAAAGACUCCAAUGGCAGAAGCAAGUACCUCUACAAGAGCAAGCUCAUGACCUCAGAACUAGGAGUUACUGAACAUGUGGAAGGCGAUCCAUGUAAAUUUGCACUCUGGGUUGGACGGACACCUACCUCAGACAACAAAAUAGUCCUAAAGGCUUCAUGUAUUGAAAACAAACAAGAUUGGAUUAAACAUGUACGUGAAGUUAUCCAGGAGCGUACCAUCCAUUUACGGGGGGCACUCAAAGAGCCAAUUCACAUUCCCAAAGCCACAGCAACCAAACACAAGGGCAAACGGGAUGGAGAGGAUCUAGACAGUCAGGGUGAUGCAAGCAGUCAGCCAGACACCAUUUCCAUCGCCUCCCGCACCUCCCAGAACACACUGGAUAGCGACAAGUUGUCCGGUGGUUCAGAGUUGACGGUGGUUAUCCACGACUUCAUGGCCAGUAAUGGAUCGGAAUUGACUGUUCGUAGAGGUCAGACGGUAGAGCUGGUAGAAAGGCCCCAGGACAAGCCUGACUGGUGUCUGGUUCGCACCACUGACCGUUCACCUGCCCAAGAGGGCCUGGUUCCCAGCUCCAUGCUUUGCAUCGCCCAUUCCCGAAGUAGUAUGGAGAUGGAGGGCAUUUUUAACCAUAAAGACACGCUCUCAGUCUCCAGUAAUGAAGGAGGACUUUCGGGCAGUGCCACGCUGCAGCCGAGUCAUUUGCAGAGCUCUCCUGGACCCAAACGGCCCGGAAAUACUCUGCGCAAGUGGCUGACCAGCCCAGUCAGACGGCUCAGCAGUGGUAAAGCAGACGGCCAUGUGAAGAAACUUGCACACAAGCACAAGAAGAGUCGAGAUGUCCGCAAAAACGCAGAUGCCGGCUCACAGAAAGACUCAGAUGACAGUGCCGCCACACCACAAGAUGAGACCAUUGAGGAGAGGAUGAGAAAUGAGGGAUUGAGCAGUGGCACUCUCUCUAAGUCUUCCUCUUCAGGGAUGCAGAGCUGUGGUGAGGAGGAGGGGGAGGAAGGGCCAGACUCGGUUCCCCUGCCGCCCCCUAUGGCCAUCCAACAGCACAGCCUUCUGCAUCAGGAAUCCCAGGAGGACAAGGCUACUUCCCGUCUGUCUGGACGUCCCAGCAGUUCAGAGACACCGAGUGCAGCUGAACUGGUCAGCGCCAUUGAGGAACUUGUCAAAAGCAAAAUGAGUCUGGAGGACAGGCCGAGUUCUCUCCCUGUUGAGCGAGGAGAUAGCAGUAGCCCUUCCUGCAACCCAUCAGAUAACUCCCUCCUGUCUUCCUCUUCUCCCAUCGACGAGAUGGACGAACGCAAGACUGGCUUCCUCAAGAGACGACACUAUGUACUGCUGGAACUGGUGGAGACGGAAAGAGACUACGUGAGAGACCUUGGUGCAGUUGUGGAGGGCUACAUGAGCAGGAUGAAGGAGGAAGGUGUACCUGACGACAUGAAGGGCAAAGAUAAGAUCGUCUUUGGGAACAUUCACCAGAUUUAUGACUGGCAUAAAGACUUCUUUCUUGGUGAACUAGAGAAGUGCUUAGAAGACCCUGAUAGACUCGCACCCCUGUUUAUCAGACAGGAACGAAGACUUCACAUGUACAUUGUGUACUGCCAAAACAAGCCCAAAUCAGAGCACAUUGUUUCAGAGUACAUUGACACAUAUUUUGAGGAUUUAAAACAGAGGUUGGGCCACAGGCUACAGAUCACAGAUCUACUGAUUAAACCAGUGCAGCGGAUCAUGAAAUACCAGCUCCUGCUGAAGGACUUUCUCAAGUUCUCCAAAAAGGCUGGUUUGGACACUGUAGAAUUAGAGAAAGCAGUAGAGGUGAUGUGUGUUGUUCCGAAACGCUGCAAUGACAUGAUGAAUGUUGGACGCCUACAAGGAUUUGAUGGUAAAAUUGUAGCCCAAGGAAGACUGAUUCUGCAGGACACCUUCAUGGUCUCAGACCAGGAUGGUGGUCUCCUUUCCCGCAUGAAAGAGAGGCGCGUCUUUCUUUUUGAGCAGAUAGUUAUCUUCAGUGAACCCCUGGAUAAAAAGAAGGGCUUUUCCAUGCCGGGCUAUCUGUUUAAGAACAGCAUUAAGGUCAGUUGGUUGGGUCUAGAAGAGAGUCCUGACAGUGACCCUUGUAAGUUUAUUUUGACCUCAAGGUCAUCGACUGGCAGUACUGAGCACUAUGUCCUCCAUUCCUCCAACCGGGCGGUUUGCCAAGUCUGGAUCCAGCAGAUCAGCAGCAUCCUGGAGAACCAGAGAAACUUCCUCAAUGCACUGACUUCACCCAUUGAAUACCAACGGAACCAUGUUGGGGCAAGCAGUCUGGGUGGACCCAGCAGCAGUGGACUUCCGGGAGGUAGCAGCAGCUCUGCCAUGGGUCCCAGCUGUGGCUCUCGGUCCAGAGCUUCCCGAAUCCCUCAACCUUCUUCACGUCUCCCUCAGCCUGUGCAGCAUCAUCACGCCCCCGCCCCAGAUGACCGCACUUCAGGUACGUGUCCUCUUCCUGACCAGGAUCUAAACGGUGAGGUCCCUAGGAUGCGGGUUCUGGAGAGCCCCCUGAAGGAGCUACGCGAGGAUACCCAAUCAGGGACACUCAUUCCAAGAGCCACAGUCACACCCCUGUCUCUCACCCUAACAAAGCCCCGUCUCAGAGUUCCCUCGCCCAUUCUCUCCCCCUUGAAUCCUCAGAACUUUACAGUCCAGAAAGGUUCCCCGUUUUGGGCCUCAAUACCAGUCUCGCCUACUGGCAGGCCCGGCUCUUACACAGAGCAGAGUGACACGUUGAGUCGCAACCAGUGUCAGACUCGCAGGCACUCCGCCCACAGUAAGGAGUUGGACCGCAUCAGUACUUGCUCCUCCACCAGUGAGCAGUCCCUGCAUUCCACUCACAGCAAUGGGAGUGAAAGCAGCAGCAGCAGCAGUGUGUCAACCAUGUUGGUGACCCAGGACUAUGUGGCUCUAAAGGAGGAUGAGAUCAGUGUGUAUCAAGGAGAGGUUGUGCAGAUAUUGGCCUCUAACCAGCAAAACAUGUUUCUAGUUUUCCGUGCCGCCACAGAACAAGGCCCAGCAGCCGAGGGCUGGAUCCCCGGCUACGUUCUGGGUCACACCUCCACCAUCAUUCCUGACUACCCUGAUGGAACUCUCAAGAAGUCCUCAUCGUGGCACACAGCUCUACGCAUCAGACGAAAGUCCGAAAAGAGAGACAAAGAUGGAAGGAAAGAGAGCAAACCAGAAAAUGGCUAUCGCAAGUCUAGAGAUGGAUCAGCCAAUAAGGUUUCUGUAAAGCUUUUGAAUCCCAACUACAUUUAUGAUGCAGUUCCCCCAGAGUUCGUGGUCCCCCUGAGUGAGAUGGUGUGCGACAGGGGCGACAGUGUAACUCUCCGCUGUAAGAUCUGUGGGCAGCCUAAAGCCUCGGUCUGUUGGAGAGGGCCUGACCAGAGCACUCUUAGCAAUGGUGGAAGACACACAAUCACACACAGUGAGACAGGGGAAGUGACCCUCCGUAUCUCACCUGCCACUCUGGACGACAGCGGCACCUACACCUGCAUCGCCUCUAACGACGUGGGCUCAGUGACAUCUUCGGCCUACCUCAGGGUGCUUGGCGCUUCCUGUGACGGCAUCCUCUGGAAGGAUAACUUUGAGUCCCUCUACACUGAAGUCAUGGAACUGGGAAGAGGCAGGUUUGCCGUCACUAAGUGGUGUGAGCAAAGAGGAAGCAGACGAUCAGUGGCCGCUAAACUAGUAAAUAAGAAGCUAAUGCGUCGAGAGCAGGUGGUUCAAGAGCUGGGUGUCCUACAGUGUCUUCAGCAUCCUCACCUGGUGGGCCUGCUGGACACCUAUGAGACCCCAGCCAGUUACGUUCUCAUCCUGGAGAUCGCUGAUCAAGGUCGUCUCCUGGACUAUAUUGUUAGCUGGGGGAACUUGACAGAAGAAAAGGUGUCUCUUUACCUACGGGAUAUUCUAGAAGCUUUACACUACCUUCACACAUGCAGGAUUGCUCAUCUUGACUUGAAGCCCGAGAAUGUAUUAAUCGAGCAAACGUCAACCCAGCCUCUAGUCAAGCUGACGGAUUUCGGUGAUGCGGCACAUCUCUCCAACACCCCGUAUAUCCACCCUCUGCUGGGCAGCCCAGAGUUCUCCGCCCCCGAACUGGUGUUAGGUGAACCUGCGGCUCUUGCAUCUGACCUCUGGAGUCUAGGCGUGCUGGCGUACGUGAUGCUCAGCGGGGCGUCUCCUUUCCUGGACGAGAGUGUCGAGGAGACCUGCCUCAACAUCUGCCGUCUCGACUUCAGCUUCCCGGAGGACUACUUCCGUGGCGUGAGUCAGGCGGCACGGGACUUCGUAUGCAUCUUACUCCAAGGCGAACCGUGCAGACGUCCCUCUGCGCAGGUUUGCCUGCGUGAGGAGCCAUGGCUGCAGCCCAACAUGGCCUCCGCCGCAGCUCGCCUUGACACUUCCAGACUUAUCUCUUUUAUAGAGCGGAGGAAACAUCAGAACGAUCUACGACCCGUGGCCAGUUUCCGAGCAUUCCUGCGUAGCCGCCUACUUAGCCAGACCUGAGAAAUACGUAGAGUGGAAAUCCAACAGUAAUCUUGUUCUUCUGCAGUUCUGAGUAGGAUAUUAAGGAAAGUAUUGGUGAUAAUUAGGAAAUAUGCUGAAAUCUCAUCCUCCUUUUAGAGUAAUUCUGAAAUGGGUCUCUGUUACUGUAACUGCUGCUGACAAAACUCUGAAGUUCCCCUUUCCAACCCUUCAAAAAAUCAUUUUAGCUACAUGUACAUGUUCUCUCUUUGUAUGGACAAAACUCACGAGAAAAAAAAAUGUGAAUUAAGAAGGGGGGGAAGAUUCUUUUGAAGGUUUUUUCCCUGAGCCAGAAAGGUUUAGCCUCAUGUUCGGACAGUAUUUCAAUCAGGUUGUUUCAGUGGAGUACUGUAAUUUGAAUAGCUACAUUCAGGAAAGAUUACAUUUUGUACAAAUCAUGUAUAGAAGCACAGUAAAGAUGAUAUCUUUAUCCUGAACGUUUUGGAGAAAAAAAUAUUUAAAGAUUUAAAGGGAAGUAAAAUCGGUUACACUAUGGCAUUCAUCUCAAGUUCCAUGUUUAAUAAACAUACAGUCAUAUUGGAAAACAAUCAUAAAUGAAACGACUUUUUAACAGCUGCAACUCUUUCGGACAUGGGGAGUAAAAGAUAAGCUUUUCAUUUUAACUCGCAUCUGUCUAUCAGCCUUAUGUUGUAAAUAAACUGGACCUGCCUUCAUUCAUGUUAAUUUGCAGUGUUUGGAAUGCUUUCUCAUUGGCUGAUCAUGACUUUCAACUGACCAGUUAGAAUACAAGCUGGAAAGCCGCCGAAGGCAGGAAGUAUUGGUAACCACAGCAAAUGUGCACUCUUUGUAACAUGUUGAAAUGUGCAAUGUUGGGGCUUUAACAUUUUGCAGCUAUUUAUAAUGAUUCGUGUUAAAUCAACAUUGUUAAGUACAUGUAUCAGCCACUGCGAGUUGAGAUAUGAUGUGUCCGUGGCUCUUUUGCUGAGUUUUCUGUGUUCAGUAUUAUUUUGUAAGCUUAAGCCUCAUUGGUGAAAAAUAAUUUGUGUCUUUGUCACACUUUCGUUAUGAAUGUCGUUAUUUUUUAUCGUUAUACCAAAGUUAAUCCUCAUGUACCUAAAUGCUUCUUCUCCCUGUUUGGUGGUUAUAAUUUGUAACAAUAAGUUAUGAAUGCAAUUCUGACUCCUGGAGCAGGAGUUUACUUGUAUUGAUUGUUGAUUUAUUUAUUGUGUCUUGUUCGGUUUUUGUUAAUCGAAUUUAAUUGAAGUAGUGCUUCAUAUUGUCGGAAUAUUAGGAAUUUUAAUUUCCAUAUCUGCUCAUGGUAGCAGUAGUCUGUUGAUGUAAGUUUGCAUGACUAAAUGACGAGAAUUAUUCUGUUUUCAGUUCACUUUGUUUUAAAUACAAUGAGAUGAAUCGUUCCCCAUGUAC